AUGGAAGCCGUGAAGAACACCGCAAACUCAGUCACCGACACCGUCAAGGGUGCUACCGACACCGCAUCCAAGGAGGCGAACAAGAACGUCGCUAAGGACUCCAACGCAUCAGCAGGCACUCGUGCCGAGGCUGCCACCGACGCUGUGGGAGAUAAGACCAACGAGCUCAAGCACAAGACCUAG